AUGGUCGCCUUGUUCUGCUCUGGAGUCAUGUUGGCUGAUGGCGCGGAGAUGUUGCUGGUCUCUGCCAUUGUGGCAGCCGUGGGCUCCAGCCCUGAGCUCCGCAUGGGCCGCAUGGCCAGGGGUCUGCUUGUGUCUAGUUCUUUUGCUGGCAUGCAGAUGGGAAACCUUCUCAGCGGACCGCUUAGCAGCAGGUAUGGCCGGCGAAGAAUAUGUAUUGUCUCUCUAUGGCUUGUCAGCAUCUUUGGGCUUGCCAGCUCGAUGGUGCAAACCAUUGGCCAGCUCUUCUUUGUGCAGAUUAGCUUGGGCUGCGCUAUCGGCAUUGGCGGUCCCUCAGCCGUGACGUUGCUCACUGAGGCUACACCGACAGAACAAAGGGGAGCACUCAGCAAUGCCACGGGCUUCGCUUUCGUGCUUGGAGAGGCUUGGACUGCCCUGGGCCUCUUGCUUUUCAUGCCAGAUCUCAAGGGGCCUUGGAGACUCUUGUGCAUUUGGGGUGUGCUGCCCGCCUUCUUCGUGAGUCCCUUGGGAUGGCUUGUACGAGAGUCACCCAGCUGGCUGCAGCUUAGUGGGAAGCGCAAGGAGCUGAAUGACCUGCUGGCCAACAUACAGCGUCUUCACGGAAAGGGCGAGGUCAACAUUGAGGUCCAGAAAACCUCGGGCUGUUCCUCCAAGACUUUGGCUUCCACCUGGCAUGCCAUCAUCCAGGAGGGCCAUUGCAGGACACUUGUGCUGGCCUCUUAUUUGGCCUUCCUCAUGAACUAUCUGUUUUACGGAACAACAUUUGCUUUCACGCAGAUUUUCUCCGAAUCAGAGGGGGACUGGACCAGCCCUGCCAUGGAGAUGCUGAUCGUCUCCGGCGCAGAGUUUGCGGGCAUUCUGAUCGCGUGGUUGCUGUUGCUGCACCCAACUCUGGGACGAAUCCGAGCACUGCAGAUGCUUUGCCUUGGCUCAGCCCUCUCAAGCGCCGCAUUGAUGAGCGUUGUCUACGGCAACUUUUACGUGGCCGAUCCCGCAGCGUACGUUCUGAAGGCUGUGGUCAGCAUCAUGUUCACGUUUCUUUACCUGUACAUCUCUGAGGCUUUGCCAGUUUCUGUGCGAGCUUCCGGCGUGGGCCUUUGCAUGGGCAUUGGUAGACUUGGAUCCAUUGCAGCACCUCGACGGCACAUGGCAUGGGUGGCGUGA